UGUGGGACGUCGCGUGUCGUUAAAUAGUUAGCUGAGCAGUUUAAGGUAAUACCAAGUUAAACAUUGAGGCAUAAACAGCAGAAAGGUAAAAUUGGAUCGUCUAUAGAGCUACUUCUUUCGUUCUUUGUUUUGCCUGCAAGGAUAACGUUUUCUGUUAUUCACUUUCUGAAUACACGUCAGGGAGAUAAUCGACAUUAUCCUAAUAUAUGCUGGAUCACAAUGUCAAGAACACUGAAGACAGACGUAACUGUCGUAACGUUUUUAUGUUUUCUGUACAUACCAAAAGCUAGUUUAUCUGAACCUUUGCACAGUAUUGGUCAACCAGUAGAAAAAGAUGCCCAAUACAGCCUAUGUGAGAGCAAAGGGAGUCUCCAUGUGCUAAAUUUUACUGAGACUGGUGAAAAAUCUGGAGGUAUCCUGAGUUUAACUCCUUCGAAGACAGCGUAUACACCAAAUAUCAAAUGUGCCGCGAUAUUAGCUCCCCCUGUCAGCUUCAGAUUACUCCUGUCUUUUAUGUCUAUCACUACACGAUCUAAUUUAGACAACGUGACUGUAGAAAACAAUGUGACGCUAUCUGGCGUAUUUAGUUGUCCCGCUGCUGACUGUGAUAACCUGCAAUUUCUCUCAGGGCCGUCUCAUCCAAAUAUGACUUUGAUAUUCGCUAGUUCGCCUGAAGGAUCUGUUCCAUCAAAUUUCACAGGAUUGAACGCCGUCGUCACAGUGUUUAAUAUGGUUAAUGUAACCAGUGGACAUUGUGAUGAUGAUGGACGAUUUAAGUGUGCGAACGGACGCUGUGUAUGGAAGGGAUUUCGAUGUGACGGUGUAAAUCAUUGUGGUGACGCUAGCGAUGAGGAUGAUAACUGUUCUGGUGGUCACGUUUCACCUGGAAACACAGCCUGGGGAGUUGUUGUUAUCGUACUUGGAUUUCUUAUGCUCUGUUUUUUCUUACCCUUGUUCACGUGUCUGGCUUUUUGGGGCGGAAGACGCUUUGUCUCGGUAAAGUUAUUACCGUAUCAACCUACGAUUUGUAGCCAUUUAAUCAACGACAGUGAAUCUGAUGACAAGUACCGACAACGUUCUUUCUCCUGUGGAUCUCCUUCAAUUGCAUUAAGUAUCCCUUCAGUUAGUGGGAUGUCCCCUAGCCUACUAGACGAAACGUCUGAUGAUAAAGAGAAAUUGUUUUCAAGAUCAGUUGACUUUGUCCAAGACAGACGAUACUAGAUGAUGAUAAAGCAAAACUGUUUUCAAAAUCAUUUGCUUUUGAUCAAAAAAGGCAAUAUUAGAUGAGAAUAAAGCGAAACCGUUUUAAAAAUCAUUUUUGCUUUUGACCAAGAAAGGCAAUACUAGAUGAGGAUAAAGCGAAUCUGUUUUGAAAAUCAUUUUUGCUUUUGACCAAGAAGGGCAAUACUAGAUGAGGAUAAAGCGAAACUGUCUUCAAAAUAAUUUUUGCUUUUGACCAAGAAAGACAAUACUAGAUGAGGAUAAAGCGAAACUGUUUUGAAAAUCAUUUUUACUUUUUAUCAAGAAAGGCAAUACUAGAUGAGGAUAAAGCGAAACUGUUUUGAAAAUCAUUUUUUCUUUUGACCAAGAAAGGCAAUACUAGAUGAGGAUAAAGCGAAACUGUCUUCAAAAGAAUUUUUGCUUUUCACCAAGACAGAAAAUAUUAGACCAGUUUUUUAUCGUUAGUGUCAUUUCACUAUGUUUGUAAAGCUAUAAAAGUAUAAGAAAUGGUUGGCGAAUUGUCAUAAGUGUAUGCAUACUUUACUAAUACAUGUUUCCAAUUAUUUAGAAAUGCGAGAGUAUUGUGGACUACAGUUUCCCGCGAAGCUUGUAAAAAGACAUACAUUACAGCUGAUUGAUGUAAAUAUUCCUUACUUAAAUUCAAUACAGCGCGAACGUGCGUAAACUAUAUACUUACGAAAGCUAGAAU